AAUCAGAUUACAAAGAAAACAUUUGGCAAAUUAUUUCUCAAAGAAAUCAGUUUGGAAUAGCAUUUUCAACUGCUAAAAUAGCAAUUAAUAUUGCCUUAGAAACUGGAAGUGAUAAUAAAUUGAUUAAAUUACUAAAGAUUUUAUAUCAAUUAAACAAAGUCAUAAUGGUGAUGAUUUUAGAUUAG